AUGAAGAAACUUGUUCCUAAACAUGAGGAUGAGCCAGACGACCAGAACCGGGAUUCCCAACCCUUGACCUCCAGCCAAGUUCACGCAGCUUUCUCAGACAGCGCCUAUCUGUUAGCGUCCGUCAUCUUUCAGAACAGCCGCCGGGAGAAGCCUGCAGCAACCAGACAGCUGGUGAGGUACGGCCAAGAGAGGGAGCUUCCUCUGCCGCCAGUCAAAGAUGAGAUGCGACGUCCUGCUUUUGAAUUGGCUUUCAAUACACUGAGAUAUCAAGAACUGCUGGAGGAUGUCAUAAUUGACAGUGGCUUUUUUUCCUCACCUCAUAUUCCAGAUGAUCAGAUGAGCCUUUUUGCCGUCAUGCUGUACGACUUCCAAGACAGAAAAUUUAUCCCACAGGACUACAUAAGGGAAGACUUCAUACAGGAAGUCAGAGAUGUAGAGAACUACCUCAUCAGGUGUAAAACAAAGCUGGAAGCCUCACUGGCCAGAUAUAGAAUAAAACAUGACCUCUCAUCCUUUGACUGCAUCCUGCCCGAGAUUGUGAAGGUGAAGCAGGAGCGAGCCAAUAGGCUGCCGCUUUACGCGUGGGUCAACGCACUGACGAGCAGUCUGGAUGAAGUCCAAAGCGCACUGACGAGCUUGGGCCUUUCACGAGUGAAUUCGGUCAGGCAGUUGGAGGGGCAGACCUUCUGCCAGGAUCCCCACUGUGAGGACGUGCUGGUAUUCCCCGCCCGGAUGAAAGCAAAACUGGAUGGCACCGAGCUGCUUAGCGAGCGCAAGCUCAUCGUGCAGGAUAAGUCUUGCAGCCUAGCCCCAAAUGUCGCCAUCUCCCUGCUACCAGAAGAAGCGGACGUCCUCUUAGUGGGCAGUUUCUCCGGCCUCACCGUCUCCCACGCAGCCUCGCUCAUUCACCAGAAACAGAAAACUGAUAAGAACAAGUCCAGAGUCCUCGCAUGUGUCGGCGGUCUUACAGAUUUCCAGAGGGAAGCCGUGCAACAAGUGGUCGUCCAAAUGGGCUGCAAAAAGGUAAAACUGAUAUACGAGGUCUUCCGGUCCCUCACCAGCGGUGACAAGCGUCUAGCAAAAGUGCGUCUUAUCUUGUUGACGCCCAACUGUUCCUUGUCUGCAGUCAGCAAUCCUCUUCAAUUUCUGCUUCAUGAAAACAGAGACGCCGCCUUGCUGCAAGACUUGUCCCAGGGCUCCGUGGCCCAGAGCAAGCUGGAGGCUCUGAUAGCACAACAAAGGGAAGAUAUCGAUCACGCGUUAAAAUUUCCCCAAACUUUGGCAGUGGUUUACGCUACUUGCUCGUCACACCCGGAGGAGAACGAGCAGGUCGUGACCGGAGCCGUCGAGCGGGCCCGAGCGACGUCGCAGCAGGAAUGGCGGCUAAGAAAAAACGAGCUGAGACAAAGCCAAUCACAUACUUCCUCUGAAAGACGAGAAGAAAACUUCUUCAGAGUGGAACCCUCUGAUCUGAGUAACGGUUGCUUUCUGGCUGUUCUCAGUCGGGAGGUGAACAUAAAGCCCAAGCACUCAAUGGAAGAAGCGUCGCCGACUGCCCAGGCCAGGUUGCACACCGGCAGCAAAACUAAGGUCGUCAGGUCCAAGCAGCCAAUCAGGAAGAAGAAACGCAGACAAACCGUCAAGUCAUCAAAAGCCGAUUUCGCUCAUCCGACUGAGCAACAAAUCUCGGACAAAAAGCGAUCCAUACCGCAUGGUACACCACCCAAAUUUUAUGUCCAGGCACCAAAGCAUUCUGUUGGCGCCUCUCCUGGCAACCAAGAAAAUGGCAGCUUCGUCCCUUCAAAACCAGGAAAGAAUCAAAAAGCCAACACGGUCCCAAUUUUCUCCACCCCGACUUCCACACUCACUCUGCGUCCAACGCCGGCCCCCGCAACCCUCGCGAUCCGUCCCCGGAUGGUCCAUCAGUUGGCGCUUAAACCUGCUGUUAUCAUCAUGCCGCCUCAGUUGUUUCCUCCGCCGCCACGUCCUCAUCCUCGACUCCUCACAUGGAGGACCCCGGCGCCGUCUUUCCCCUCCUCUGGAACUGUGGCAGCUUUCUCCAAGGACACGCCGCUCAAACAUAAACUCAAGUUUUAUGUCUGAUUCUGAUUAGUGUUGCAUCGAUACUAUAUACACCAAUAUCUAUAGAGCCUACCCACGUACCACGUGCUCGCUGUAUGGUUCCGCCCACUUGUCCGUCAUUUUGACUCUGUAUUAGCAUUGUUUUCAAUUGAUGGCGGAAUUUAAAAUGCAUUUCAUGGAAGACCCGGUGCUUUCUUAAGCCGCAAACUCACUGGAUCUGUUGCAUAAAAGGCGUUAUGAGGAAAAGCUUCGUUCUAUACAGUCACCAGAUCCAUAUUUGAUGCCCAAAUCGAUGUUUUUCGACCCACUGUCUUCGCCCUGUCUGCCUGACAUCUGCUACGCUGAUAUUUACAAUUAUCUUGUCCACACAAAAUCAGCCUAUUCCCACGAAAAUUUGAAAAACUUCAAGAGCUUGGAGGCUUAUAAUACUUCGUUGCUGGUUGGGUGAAACAGGUCCUCGUUCGGCAGGAAUCUAUCUUGUGCUUGGAAAGGUGAGUUAGGAAAUUUUCAAUUCAAAAUCUUUUGUUAUUGCUAACAUCCACUGUCAAGUCUAAUGUAUUUCAUGUCGUUUGUCAAUGGAGUUAAGGCUUUUAAUGUUUAUAUGGUUUAGCGAUAGCACUCUCACGACAUACAUACGUGUAUGUUGUCGGCGAUUAGCCUAGCAAUGAUCUUAAUUGUGGUUAUUUGUCAGCCCCGUAGACGAGGCCAGUUUCUUUCACUUGGUACCAGCUAAAUAUUAUUCAAAAAAUAACGAUGGUGGAAGAAAGGGAAGUCACAAACAUCUUGAAUUUGAAACUAUGUCGUACUACGUCGUAUGUUGUCGGCGAUUAGCCUAGCAAUGAUCUUAAUUGUGGUUGUCAGGCCAAAACCCUCUAAAUAUAUAUUAAAUGCAUCUUACCGGAUAUAAAAUGACUACUACAUAGUCUGUGGUGAUUUUUUUGGUGUCCAGUUUUCACGUCGAAUUGCAGCCGUCCAUUUCGCUCUCCUCUUUGGAUCCCUCGGAAUACGGUAAAACUCUCGGUAAAAGUCUCUCCUUCCAUCUUCUCUGUUAGUGCAACCAACAGCCACACACGCCUUCACCAUUUUGAUUAUUAAUGUUAAGGAGCAGAAAAACACGCCGUAAAUAGAAAUGUACAUAGCCGUAACAGGUUAACACUAUGUUUUGACGGACAAGUGGGCGGAACCAUACAGCGAGCACGUGGUACGUGGGUAGGCUCUAUUGGCCUGGGAACCUCUGGGUACCUCACGAUACAUUUUCAUCCUUCUGCUGAUAGUUUAUCACUAAUUGAUGUCCAAUCUGUCCAAUCCGUUUGAAAUGGGACAGAUGGCAGCGAAUGAAAGAAUGUUCACCUGCUGCCAUCCCUCCCUUUCAAAUGGAUUGGACGUCUAUGGCUGUCCAAGGCAGUCAAUGCCAGGCAAGUUGUUCAUUUUGGGGCAGGUCACUUCCUGUUGAUGUUGGGUUACUGUGGCAUUUCAAAUCACUUCCUGUUAAGUUGUAGUCUCUUCCCUUUCCCUUUGGAGCAUUUAUGGGUCACUUCCUGUUGAUUUUGGGGCAUUUACGGGUCACUUCCUGUUGAUUUUCGGUCACUUCCUUUUCCUUUUGGGGCAUUUCCGGGUCACUUCCUGUUGAUUUUGGGGCAUUUACUGGUCACACCCUGUUGUUUUUUUUUGGGCACUUACAGGUCACUUCCUGUUGGUUUUGAGUAGGGCUGUCAAAAUUAUCGCGUUAACGGGGGGUAAUUAUUUUUUUUAAAUUAAUCACGUUAAAAUUAGGGCUGUCAAACGAUUACAAAUUUUUAAUCGAGUUAAUCACAGCUUAAAAAUUAAUUAAUCGUAAUUAAUCGCAAUUCAAACCAUCUCUAAAAUAUGCCAUAUUUUUCUGUAAAUUAUUGUUGGAAUGGAAAGAUAAGACACAAGAUGGAUAUACACAUUCAAGAUACGAUACAUAAGUACUGUAUUUGUUUAUUAUAACAAUAAAUCAACAAGAUGGCAUUAAGAUUAUCAACAUUCUGUUAAA